CAUUUGCUAAGAGAAAAGCCUUCUCUCAAAGACGAGCUAUUGGCUAUUUAGACACCUAGCAGACUUCGAAGAAUACGACUUUAUUGCUGGAACUCAAGAAGAAUUUCAUCAAGAAAACAUCCCUAUCAACACUCGGUGCUUACAGACAACCCUCAGAAUCCAACUUGACACAUUUCAGUUUACUUCUUCAAACCCCCUCCGCAAUCAUGGGUUCUAUUCCGACCCCUGUGAAGGAGAACUAUGAUGUUCUCAUUAUUGGCUCAGGCCUAUCCGGCCUUGCCAGUCUGCACCACAUCCGAGAACAGAUGCCCGAUUGCAGGGUAAAGGUACUCGACAACGGUGCAGAUGUCGGCGGAACGUGGUUCUGGAACCGCUACCCCGGAUGCCGGUUUGAUUGCGAGUCCGUGUCCUACAGUUACUCUUUUGACAAGGGCCUCUUGGAGGAAUGGCACUGGAAGGAGGCCUUCUCUCCCCAGCCCGAGACGCACAAGUAUAUUAAGCGUUUCGCGGAGAGAAACGACCUCUACAAAUAUAUCCAGUUCAACACAACCGUCAAGUCAGCUCGCUGGGACGACGGCAACCACAACUGGACAUUCGUCGACCAGGACGGUAACCAGUACAUCACCACUUUCUUCCUCAGCUGCAUCGGCUUUCUUUCGACACCAUCACUGCCCGCUAUUCCUGGUAUUGAAAACUUCAAGGGCCAAUCUUUCCACACCUCGCGGUGGCCGACAGAUUUGGACCUUGCUCGGGACUUUGCCGGUAAGCGCGUUGGCGUUGUUGGGACUGGGGCCACUGGCAUCCAAACCAUCACCGCACUGUCAAAGGAGCCAAGCAUCCAGUCCAUCAGCGUUUUCCAAAGAACGGCAACAUGGACGGUUCCCUUGCGCAACUACGAAAUCUCGCCAGAGAAGAUGGAGGAGCUUAAGAAAGACUAUGACAACAUAUUCGGCAUCUGCCGCUCCACACCAUCAGGCUUCAUGCACAUGGCGGACCCCCGCAAGUCGAUGGAAGUUACGGAAGAAGAGCGCACCGCCCUUUGGGAGAAGCUGUACAACGAGCCGGGCUUCGGCAAGUGGCAGGGUCUCUUCAGCGACACAUACACGGAUCGCCAGGCCAAUGAGCUAUAUUCCAAAUUCAUCGCAGACAAGAUCAGGCAAAGAGUCCACGACCCGGAGGUGGCAGAGUCUCUAAUUCCCAAGACGCACGGAUUCGGUACCCGUCGUGUGCCGUUGGAGAGCGGCUACUUCGAGGCCUUCAACCAAGACAACGUGCAUCUUGUUGACCUCAAGAAGGCCCCGGUCUCUGAGGUCAAGUCUGACCGCAUCAUCACAUCUGAUGGCAAAGAGCACGAACUCGACAUUUUGAUUUAUGCCACUGGUUUCGAUGCCAUCACGGGCUCCUUCAGUGCCAUUGAGUGGCAAGGCAAAGACGGACGGCCACUGAUUGCGCCCAGCGGGACACCAAAGGGCGAGCGAGCCGUUUGGGUCGAUAACAGACCCUACACCUUCCUCGGCAUGACGGUGCCCUCCAUGCCCAACAUGUUUAUGGUUCUCGGUCCGCACCAGCCGUUUGGCAACGCGACAAGAAACAUUGAGCACGCUGUACAGGUUGUUGUGGAUUUGUUGAAGUUUUGCCGUGAUAAGGGGUACACGUAUGCCGAGGCGACACAAGAGGCUGCGGAUGCGUGGACGGAGCAUGUGUUUGAGUGCAGCAAGGGAUCACUUGUCAACGAGGUGGAUAGUUGGAUGACGGGUGUUAAUACGAAUAUCAAGGGCAAGCAGGUUAGGAGCGUUGUUAGAUAUGGCGGAUCUGCGCAGGAGUUCCAGAGGCGGUGUAGAGAGGUCAAAGAGUCUGGUUACAAGGGGCUUACCCUUGCUAGGCAGAAUAAAGAUGUUAAGCUGUAG